CGAUGCGAAUCCCUGGUCGAUAUCGGUAUCAAUCAAUUGACGCGUUCAUGGUCACCGGUUAUGGGAUAUUCACUUCUCUACUUUGGUUGUUAUGCCUAUUGUUUCAACUCAACAAAUUAACGGAUAUUUUUUAUCUCUUAAAUUGCAAGAAAAUUACACCAGACGUGGUUUUGCAAACAUGUGAAUGUCAUGGAAAAUCCACAAUUUCCGAAUUUUUCCUUUAUUUAUUAUCGUCAAUUCCCUCCCAUAUCGAUAAUUUAAUUCUCUUCCCAACAGUGUGUCUGAUCAUAGGCCAUUUGUCUUACUGAAACUACUUGCAAAUAGAUUCGAUCCUGUAAUUGCUGCCAUGAUAUAAAAUUUACAUGCCAAGCAAAUUGAAUUAGAGUAACUAAAACAAUUCUGCAAUGAAGAAGAAAAAAGUUAGCAGCAACAGGGCGAAAUAGGUCAUUUAGCUGCGUUAUUCACUACUUAUUUCCCCGGGUCAUCACUCCCGCCAGCUCUUCCUUCAUUUUCGGACAUUUGAAUAAUUCAAAAAGUUGAAGAACCAAGAUAUACAGUACGCCAACCAAGAAUGGAUUGACACACGAGUUUGACCGAAUUGUUUGCUUGUAUUAUACACUCUGAAGAAGCCCAAUAGUCGUAUCUGCGCAGGUGUAUCCACUGUUUUCAGUCACGCUAAGGAUUGCGCGCGAGUACUGCGGGAACUCAAGUGGCGUUGUCACUGAGGUUUGCCGUCGUGCACCAUCUGCGGACCCUUGAGGAGGUAUUUCCAUCACUCCCAGGCGCAUUGCUUGGACCUCAUAGCCGCUUGGACGGGAGGAUGCAAUGGGUGAGGGAAGGCAGGAACGUUCGUCGAAAAGACGAAGAUCGUUAUUCAGAAGUCCUCAGAAAUCCUGCUCAGAUUCCGAGGUAGCGCAGACAAGAUUCAAGGAGCGUAAAGCAAGAUCUAGGGAUCAGUUACCAUGGCCAAGUGUUUAUCAGUUAACCGUAGAUGAGCUUGCACGAUAUCGGCGUAGACGAGUCCAGAAUCGGCCAGAUACUCUGGGCACUGAACACUAUGAAGAUGCUCUCGAAAACCUGGUCACGGAGUACAGAAGGGCGUUCAGGACGACAAGUGAGGACUCUCUGGUGAAAAAAAAUAUCGGUGAUAGUGAAGUGGAUGCUGAGAUUUUAGCAAGAAUCAAGGCGGAUGGUGAACCUAUGGAGGCUGAAGAUGAUGCUUCGAUUAUACCCGGGGAUAUUUCUGGUCGACCAGCACUUAUCAGAAAAGGCACAAGUCUGAAAACUGGUGGUGAUUUUUAUGCUGCUACGGAGUACUCAAACUAUCGAACCUACGAGGGUGUGCAUCGUCCUGAAUUGGCACGGAGACCUACCUCACUUCGAAUGGAAGGUGACAUGCGAACUGUCACGGAACAGUGUGAGAAAUUCAUCGAGUGGUUCAACGUCAGUCGACCCGAGCUCGUUCGCGUGCCAACGCAUCUCAAGCUGGAGGGUCAACAGGAAACAUCCACGGAGAGUCAUGAGCAGUAUGUACCUUUCGUGGGUGCCAGACGACCCGAAAUCCUCAGACAGGGUACGCAUCUCAAGCUUGAAGGAGAAACUACUUUUUUGCCAGAGUAUACCGAUGUUUUUCGUCAACCGGCGCAUCAAGAAAAAAGAUCACCAAUGCUUCCAGAGACCCACCUGCAACCCGCAGGUAACUUUUCCCAAGCCACCGAGAGCACUCAACAAUUUGUGGACCCCCGGGGUACCGUCAUUUACCCCAACCUCCCAACCAGUGAUUCAGCCGAAGAACUGGAUCCGGAGAAUCAUCCCAAGAAGGACGAAGAUAUGAAUCUCCUUGUCUCCAAACUCUCUGAUCUCAAACACCCACCGAUGGAGACUCCGGAGUACAAAGAUGCUUAUCGUGAUUUCCCCAGAGAACGUCCUAAAUUACUGAAACCCGAAGAUGAGAUAGGUCGCGCCGACGGUUCCAAGAUCCACCCAUCAUCUGGUUCAGCUCGCUUCCGCACAAAAAUCGACCAAGAUCCAGAGUACAAAUCAAAAUAUCUUGACCAAGAUCGUCCAGUGUACAGAAAACCCCCGAUUUCCUUGCGCCCCCCAAUCGGUUCUUCCGGAUUCGAUAAACGUCUAGUUCCAGAUUUGCGUUCCCACACAUCCACGAGUGAAGUACGAGCGCAAUACGUACCCUAUGGGCAUGUUCCCAAGGUCGAGACCCUCCGAAUGCCACCGACACUUCGUCCCGAAGGCCCGAUGGCUCUCCAACCUGAAUAUCGAGAUGCUUAUUGCAGACGAGGAAAUCAGAUCAAUGAUUUACGACCCCAAGGAACAACACGCAGAUCUAGCAAUUGGUUGAAUAAUAACAACGGUGAGCAAUUCGGAUUGAUCAAUGCUGCACAUGAUCAGGAUGCUUUUCAGAUACUUCAAACCCGAGUCCACGAGGACAAUGUGGUUGGGAAGCCGCCAAUGGUGAGGAGAGGAUCACGCGCCUCCCAAGUUCAACGACCUUCUAUUCCUGAAGUUAAUCCCCAACUCCUAAGGCAUCGAUCGCCAAGUCCGACGUAUCGUCUUCAUGUUCAUAAUGUUGAUGAUGAACCCAGAGGGUUUGGUCGUCGGCGAAGGUCGUCCACCGUCCGUCAGACUGGAAAUAGCCCUUCGCCGGAUAGAGCUCCCUACGAUGACAAUCAACGAUCGUAUUCACCCAGUUUUGGACGAGAACGUCAGGACGAUGAGUCACAAGCAUUCGUUGUACUUGAUAAGGGUAAUGAUAGUAGACGAAAUCGUCUUGAUCGCAAUUCAAAUUUUGAUGGGUUGAGGGACGGUAGAAAAAGGACACCACCCAACUGGAUGCCUCCAUGGUAUGAUAACACGAGUACAAUUUGAGGUGAAUAAAUGUGAAAUCGAUUAUUACACUGCCGAGUAAUUCCACUGAUGUUUCAACUUUUUCAUUUCUUAUAAGAAAGUUUAUUACAUCGGGAAUUGGAUUGUACACGUUGCGUUCGAUGUAGAGACUUGUUAUACCCUUGAAGUCUUUCUGUUAAAGGUCAAUCAAUAGUAUAAUUUAGUCGUUAUGAAGAAACAAUAUCGUCAAUUUUUUACGUCAAAUAUCAACUGUUGAAUUGUUAUUUUUGUUUUCGAAUAUUAUGAAAUAGUUUAACAGAAUAUUGAUGCAUAGCGUUGAGUUUGUUUAAUAAAUUAUGGUCCAAAUCGA